CCCGGCGUACCCCGCGCCCGUCGGCUUCUCCUCCGCCCGCUAAUGUUUUGGCCAAUUCAAGAUGGCGGUGCAGGAGUCAGCUGCUCAGCUGUCCAUGACCCUGAAGGUCCAAGAGUACCCGACCCUUAAGGUGCCCUAUGAGACACUGAAUAAACGCUUCCGAGCUGCUCAGAAAAACAUCGACCGCGAAACAAGCCACGUCACCAUGGUGGUCGCCGAGCUGGAGAAGACCUUGAGCAGCUGCCCAGCCGUGGACUCAGUGGUCAGCCUUCUGGACGGCGUGGUGGAAAAGCUCAGCGUCCUGAAGAGGAAGGCGGUGGAGUCCAUCCAGGCCGAGGACGAGAGCGCCAAGCUGUGCAAGCGCCGGAUCGAGCACCUGAAGGAGCACAGCAGCGACCAGCCGGCGGCGGCCAGCGUGUGGAAGAAGAAACGCAUGGACCGCAUGAUGGUGGAGCACCUGCUGCGCUGCGGCUACUACAACACGGCCGUGAAGCUGGCGCGGCAGAGCGGCAUCGAGGACUUAGUGAAUAUCGAGAUGUUCUUGACGGCCAAAGAAGUGGAGGAGUCCUUGGAGAGGCGGGAGACAGCCACCUGCCUGGCCUGGUGCCAUGACAACAAGUCCCGACUGCGGAAAAUGAAGGGCCGCCAAAGCGAGCACGAAGCGAAGACGGCACGGAAAAGUAGAGCGGCCAGUGGCUCCCCCAGAGAGAGUGAGGACCUGGGUGUGGAGGCCGUGAGAGCAAGGCCGGAGUUGAGCUGCCUGGAAUUCAGCCUGCGGAUUCAGGAGUUCAUUGAGCUCAUCCGGCAGAAUAAGAGACUGGACGCCGUGAGACACGCAAGAAAGCACUUCAGCCAGGCUGAAGGGAGCCAGCUGGAUGAGGUCCGCCAGGUCAUGGGCAUGCUGGCCUUCCCGUCAGACACACACAUCUCCCCGUACAAGGACCUUCUGGACCCAGCCCGGUGGCGGAUGCUGAUCCAGCAGUUCCGGUAUGACAACUACCGGCUGCAUCAGCUGGGCAACAACUCCGUCUUCACGCUCACGCUGCAGGCUGGCCUCUCGGCCAUCAAGACCCCACAGUGCUACAAGGAAGAUGGCAGCUCCAAGAGCCCUGACUGCCCCGUGUGCAGCCGGUCCCUCAACAAGCUGGCACAGCCCCUGCCCAUGGCCCACUGUGCCAACUCCCGCCUGGUCUGCAAGAUCUCCGGCGAUGUGAUGAAUGAGAAUAACCCACCCAUGAUGCUACCCAACGGAUACGUCUAUGGCUAUAACUCUCUGCUUUCUAUCCGCCAAGAUGAUAAAGUCGUUUGCCCAAGAACCAAAGAAGUCUUCCACUUCUCACAAGCUGAGAAGGUGUACAUCAUGUAGGCCGUCGCCGGCACGCAGCGGCUGGGGUGGCGGGCAGCAGGCGCCCCCCUCAGCUCCCACCUGCCACAGCAUCAUUGUUUCCUGCGACCAAAGAUCAGCGAGCAACGACAGGUACUCACAGGAAGAGAGGAAAUACGAUUUCGUAAGUUUGUACUGGAAAACGUUUUGAUGGGUAGGGUUUUGUAACAUACGACACCUAUUGGAUGCUUCUGGAACGUCCUUUCACCUUUCAAAGGCGACCUUUCUUUACAGACGGACUUCAACACCAAGGGAAACUUCUAGAACAUUUCAAAAAUAGGAAUCGAUUCUUUCCCUCAUGGUUUCUCACAGUUUCCCUCCCGUUUUUGCUAAUAAUGAGACCUGGGAAACGAGGGCUGGUUCUUCACCAGACUCCCAUCUGUCUCAGCCCUGGACCUGGCCAAGUGGUGACACGCAGUGUGACCGUGGGUGUACCGCAGCAGCUCUGGCGUGCCCUGCUAGUGACAUGAUGGCUCCCUCCUAGAGCUGCUGCCAGCCGCCCGGCACCUGCCCACAGGCCCAUGGGGAGCCAGCCUCACAGGAGCCCGCCUGCCUCACCAGGGUGCGCAGGUAACCUCAUGCCGCCGUGCACGCCGCCUUACUUCCUGCUUUGAGAAUGUAUUCAUGUGGAAAUCCACUGGACCGAGUUUCUGCAGAGGCCUUGCCGGAUGGUUCCAUACAUUUAGAGUAAACAUUAUUCAUUACAGAAACAAAUAGUUCAGUCAGGACAGCUACCAGUGACCUUCCAGACACAAAACAUGUGGUAGUUGACAGAACCAUGCUGUAGAGGUUUGUAUUUAGCGCUUAUUUUUGCAUGUCAAUGUUGAUUAGCUAAUAAACUGUAAAUGUAAAACAUGUUAAUAAAAUUGUUUUCUAUUUCUCAUUUCUGUGUAAGAAGGA